GCUUCGCGGAAAAUAGCCUCUAACCAAUGGUAUUUGUCGUGACAAUCCAUUGUUGGCCGCCAUUUUACUUUUAUAUGUGCAUGGAAAUUUGGAUAACUUUUUGCCAAGGAAUAUUAUUUUAUCAGCCCUGAGCUUUGCCGUCUUUAAUUUAACUUAUACAUAUAGCCGCGGACAUCAGAGACUCUGCGCACCUCCAUCGUUUUCGUUUGGUGAAGGACGCCACCCAUUACAAGGUCAUGGCCGAAACGACGCGAUUCUUCUCAAAAUGCAAGUCCAUGUUGCAAGAUAGUCAUAAGACUUUCUCUUUCCUGAGUUCAAUCGUUUGUAACAUCAAAAUUUUCCAGAAUGAAUUCACUAUCUGAUGUGAGUAUUUCUCCAGCCCUUCUGCAAGCAAUAUCGCAGACUCUCACUUCAAAAGAAACUGGAAAUCAGUCAUCAAAACAAAACCUCUCAUUAAACAUGCACCCACGAAUAAAAAUCAAGCAGGAGAUUCUCGAAGCAAGGAAUUCAUCGCUCUCUGAAGAAAGUAAAAAUGACAUUGGGGAGGAUGAAGCAAGUGCUCGUAUUGUGAACAUUUUACAGGGUAUGCAAAAAGCCUCGGAAACAGAAGAAGAAACAGGUCAUUCCUCUCAAUAUAUCAGUCCUGGAGACAUUAAAAACAUGUUAAAAUGGAAAAUACAACAAAAUGUCCCAAAACCAGAUGGACAAGGUGAGGACAGUUUAGUUGGGACCCUUGGUAGUAACCAGGAAGCCAUGGUCAAUGUUUUAACGACUCUUGCCAUGCAACAAGCAAAAACUUUAUCCAUGGCAAGUAAAGGUUCCAGUGGUGCUGAGCUAAGAUUGCCAGAAAAUGUAACGAUAUCUCAAACGCAAGAAGAAGUCAUGUCUGACCCGGGAACUUUGAUGAUAGAAUCAGCAGGUCAGACCUACUUUGUAAGGACCAACACCGAUAAUUUGAUCUCUGAAACUGUCUCAUCAAACCCUGGUGAGACUCUUGUACAGUUUCCUACAACAAUAUCUUCUGGGGGAGACCUGUCUAGCCAAGGCAGUAUACAUCAGGAGGUGGACAUGUCCUGUAUUCCAGAGACCGCCAUGUCUCAGAGUGAUGACAACAGCAUGUCUAAUGAUAGCUAUCAGCCAUGUCCUGUGUGUGGAGAUGCUGUUUCAGGUUAUCAUUAUGGGAUUUUUACUUGUGAAAGUUGUAAAGGUUUCUUCAAAAGAACUGUUCAAAACAAUAAAUCAUUUACUUGUCAUCGAAACGGGGACUGUGAGAUAAGUCGAGGAAACCGAAAGAAAUGUCCCUGUUGUCGAUUUGCCAAAUGUGUUCAAAUGGGCAUGAAAACACAAGAGUGUGGCUACAGAUUUCACCCUCCCUACACAACAGCUCAGAAUCAUCGAGUGAGAGUGACUCGGUACAAACAGAUCCAGCCACACAGAGGAGAACUCGAGCUGAUGUCU